AUGAGGUAUCUUGUCACCAUACCAAGCCCAUUCGCAAGUGUGGGCUUUAUAGAAGCAGAAUCCGGAGAGCUUUCCAGCAUCCAAGCAAUACUCGACAAAGAGCCCAGCAUUAUCUAUAACCCGCAUUUUGCCGCUGCAAGUAAUGAGAGUAUGCCAGCUGUGAAUCAGGCUUCUCCUUCUACUAGGGCAGAAGAGCAAGAUGAGGAGGAUUCUGAUCGAUUAUUUCACAUUGUUACACCAGACCCAGGGGAAUACUCCCCAGUUACGCAUGCUGAAACAAAAGAGUCCUACUAUUUCCUCAAGCUUGGACGCGGACGCGAUUACCAUGACUAUCAACAAGCCAAGAAUCAAAAUCCUGUGAUUUCCAUUGUGUCAAUAUUAUUUCUAGAUCUGAAUGAAUGGUACAAAGUUGUACCAAAAUCUAAAGAUGAACUUAGGAGGGAAUAUAAGGAAUCGGAGGCUCCAGAGGCCUGGACUCACGAUAACCUGCGCUCGAAUAUGAUUGCACAGCAGAGAGCUCUUAGAAACAAGGAAAACGAGGAGUAUGAGCGGCUGAUACAAGAGCUGCUAGGGAUGUGCAAUAUCCGAAAGGAGACCGACAUUGAUCGUGAUCGCAAUUAG